AUGGCCGCUAUUGCUCCCACUGCCCCAAUUUCUCCUCCAAUGGAAUCUACAGGUGACCGUCUGAUCACCUUGGAACUAAAGGACGGCAUGGUCUUACAAGGUUAUUCAUUUGGUGCUGAAAAAUCGACCGCGGGUGAAUUAGUUUUCCAAACUGGUAUGGUUGGUUAUCCUGAGUCCGUCACAGAUCCAUCUUAUGAAGGCCAAAUCUUAGUCAUUACUUACCCAUUGGUUGGUAACUAUGGUGUCCCAGAUGUGCAUUUAAGAGAUGAAUUGGUCGAGGAAUUGCCAAGAUACUUCGAAAGUAAUAGAAUCCACAUCGCCGGUUUAGUUAUUUCUCACUAUACCGACGAAUACUCUCACUAUCUUGCUAAAUCUUCUCUGGGUAAAUGGUUACAAAAUGAAGGGAUUCCAGCUGUUUAUGGUGUUGAUACGAGAUCAUUGACCAAACAUUUGAGAGACGCAGGUUCAAUGUUGGGUAGGCUGUCUUUGGAAAAACCCAGCUCUGAUAGGACCAUUUCCAAAUCUUCCUCUUGGAAAGAUACAUUUGACGUUCCGGAAUGGGUGGAUCCAAAUGUUCAGAAUCUGGUCGCUAAGGUUUCCACUAAUGAACCCAAAUUGUACAUCCCUCCAGCGGACAAUAAGCACAUUGAAUUACAAACUGGUCCAGAUGGCAAAGUUUUGAGGAUUUUGGCCAUUGAUGUCGGUAUGAAAUACAACCAAAUCCGUUGUUUUAUCAAAAGGGGUGUAGAACUAAAAGUCGUCCCAUGGAAUUACGAUUUCACCAAAGAAGAUUACGAUGGUUUGUUUAUUUCCAACGGUCCAGGUGAUCCAUCCGUUCUGGCCGACCUAUCUCAGAGAUUAUCAGAUGUUUUGGAAGCUAAAAAGACUCCAAUAUUCGGUAUUUGUCUUGGUCAUCAAUUAAUAGCCAGGGCUUCUGGUGCAUCCACACUAAAGCUGAAAUUUGGUAACCGUGGUCAUAACAUACCUUGUACGUCAACCAUAAGUGGUCGUUGUUACAUAACAUCUCAAAAUCAUGGGUUUGCUGUUGAUGUUAGCACCCUAAGUUCCGGUUGGAAGCCAUUAUUUGUUAACGCAAAUGAUGACUCUAAUGAAGGUAUCUAUCAUUCUGAACUACCAUACUUCUCCGUUCAAUUCCACCCAGAAUCCACACCCGGUCCAAGAGAUACAGAACACCUGUUUGAUGUUUUCCUCCAAGCAGUCAAAGAAUUCAAGCAUACCAAGGUGCUGAAACCAAUUGCGUUCCCAGGUGGUUUACUAGAGGACAAUUUGAAGGCUCACCCAAGAAUCGAGGCAAAGAAGGUCUUAGUCCUUGGUUCUGGUGGUUUAUCCAUUGGUCAAGCGGGUGAAUUUGAUUACUCUGGUUCUCAAGCUAUCAAAGCCUUAAAAGAAGAAGGUAUCUAUACAAUUUUGAUUAAUCCAAACAUUGCUACAAUCCAAACUUCUAAAGGAUUAGCAGAUAAGGUUUAUUUUGUUCCCGUCACUGCAGAAUUUGUCAGAAAGGUUAUUUUGCAUGAAAGACCAGAUGCCAUUUAUGUGACGUUCGGUGGACAAACUGCUUUAUCCGUCGGUAUCGCCAUGAAAGACGAAUUCGAGACCUUAGGAGUCAAAGUUUUGGGUACUCCAAUCGACACCAUUAUUACUACCGAGGAUCGUGAGCUCUUCAGUAACGCUAUUGACGAAAUCAACGAAAAGUGUGCGAAAUCUCAAGCCGCUAACUCGGUAGAGGAAGCUUUAGCAGCUGUCAAAACGAUCGGUUUUCCAGUUAUUGUACGUGCCGCAUAUGCUUUAGGUGGUUUAGGUUCUGGUUUUGCUAAUAACGAAAGAGAACUGGUUGAUUUGUGUAAUGUUGCAUUUUCAUCCUCUCCUCAAGUCUUAGUGGAGAAAUCUAUGAAGGGUUGGAAAGAAGUGGAAUAUGAAGUUGUCCGUGAUGCCUUUGAUAACUGUAUCACUGUUUGUAACAUGGAAAAUUUUGAUCCACUAGGUAUUCACACUGGUGAUUCCAUCGUCGUAGCUCCAUCCCAAACUUUAUCUGAUGAAGACUACAAUAUGCUAAGAACUACGGCUGUUAAUGUUAUUAGACAUUUGGGUGUUGUCGGUGAAUGUAAUAUCCAAUAUGCUUUGAACCCGGUUUCCAAGGAUUAUUGUAUCAUUGAAGUUAAUGCUCGUUUAUCACGUUCCUCGGCUUUAGCUUCUAAGGCCACUGGUUAUCCAUUGGCUUAUACCGCAGCUAAGCUAGGUUUGAACAUCCCAUUAAAUAAAGUUAAAAACUCCGUCACAAAAUCUACAUGUGCCUGUUUUGAACCUUCCCUAGAUUACUGCGUUGUCAAAAUGCCAAGGUGGGAUUUGAAGAAGUUCACAAGAGUUUCUACUGAACUAUCCUCAUCAAUGAAGUCUGUGGGUGAGGUCAUGAGUAUUGGUAGAACCUUUGAAGAGGCCAUUCAAAAGGCCAUUAGAUCUACAGAGUAUGCUAAUUUAGGUUUUAACGAAACAGAUCUAGAUGUUGAUAUUGAUUAUGAAUUGAACAAUCCCACGGAUAUGCGUGUUUUUGCGAUUGCUAAUGCCUUUGCUAAAAAGGGAUACUCUGUUGAUAAAGUUUGGCAAAUGACAAAGAUUGAUAGAUGGUUCUUGAACAAACUACAUGAUCUGGUUCAGUUUGCUGAGAAAAUUAGUUCAUUUGGUACCAAAGAAGAGCUACCUUCGUUAGUUUUGAGACAAGCUAAACAAUUAGGAUUUGAUGAUAGACAAAUUGCAAGGUUUUUAGAUUCCAACGAAGUCGCCAUUCGUAGACUAAGAAAGGAGUACGGAAUUACACCAUUCGUUAAACAGAUUGAUACAGUUGCUGCUGAGUUUCCUGCAUACACGAACUAUUUAUACAUGACAUACAACGCUGACUCACAUGAUUUAUCCUUUGAUGACCAUGGUAUUAUGGUGUUGGGUUCUGGUGUCUACCGUAUCGGUUCUUCUGUCGAGUUCGAUUGGUGUGCUGUUACCGCAGUUAGAACAUUACGUGCUAAUAAAAUCAAGACUAUCAUGGUCAAUUACAAUCCUGAAACCGUUUCAACAGAUUAUGAUGAGGCUGAUAGACUAUAUUUCGAAACCAUCAACCUUGAAAGAGUAUUAGAUAUUUACGAGAUAGAAAACUCAAACGGUGUUGUUGUUUCAAUGGGUGGUCAAACUUCCAACAACAUUGCCAUGACAUUACAUCGUGAAAAUGUAAAGAUCCUCGGUACAUCACCAGAUAUGAUUGAUUCUGCAGAAAAUCGUUACAAGUUUUCUCGUAUGUUGGAUCAAAUUGGUGUUGAUCAACCAGCUUGGAAGGAGUUGACAUCCAUGGAUGAAGCUGAGUCUUUUGCCGAAAAUGUAGGUUAUCCAGUCUUGGUGCGUCCAUCUUACGUGUUAUCCGGUGCUGCUAUGAAUACUGUCUAUUCCAGAAACGAUUUGGAAUCGUACUUAAACCAAGCUGUUGAAGUUUCUCGUGAUUAUCCUGUUGUUAUCACGAAGUAUAUUGAAAAUGCAAAGGAAAUUGAAAUGGAUGCAGUUGCAAGAAAUGGUGAACUGGUUAUGCAUGUUGUUUCUGAACAUGUUGAGAAUGCAGGUGUUCAUUCAGGUGAUGCAACAUUGAUUGUUCCACCUCAAGAUUUAGCUCCUGAAACGGUUGAUAGAAUUGUCGUUGCCACUGCUAAAAUUGGUAAAGCUUUGAAGAUUACAGGCCCAUACAAUAUCCAGUUUAUAGCAAAGGACAACGAAAUUAAGGUCAUUGAAUGUAAUGUUCGUGCAUCCAGAUCUUUCCCAUUCAUUUCAAAGGUUGUUGGUGUCAACUUGAUUGAACUCGCAACGAAGGCUAUAAUGGGUUUACCAUUAACGCCUUACCCUGUUGAAAAACUACCAGAUGAUUAUGUUGCUGUUAAAGUUCCACAAUUUUCUUUCCCACGUCUAGCAGGGGCUGAUCCUGUCUUGGGUGUUGAAAUGGCCUCUACUGGUGAGGUCGCUACCUUUGGUCACUCAAAGUACGAAGCAUACCUAAAGUCUUUGCUAGCAACUGGUUUCAAACUCCCAAAGAAGAAUAUUUUAUUAUCCAUUGGUUCUUUCAAAGAAAAACAAGAAUUGCUUUCUUCCGUACAAAAAUUAUACAACAUGGGAUACAAAUUGUUUGCAACAUCCGGUACUGCUGACUUUUUAUCUGAACAUGGUAUUGCUGUCCAAUACUUAGAGGUCUUGAACAGAGAUGCUGAUGACCAAAAAUCAGAAUAUUCGCUUACCCAGCAUUUGGCCAAUAAUGAAAUUGAUCUUUACAUCAAUUUGCCUUCAGCUAACAGAUUCCGUCGUCCUGCGUCCUAUGUUUCAAAGGGUUACAAAACACGUCGUUUGGCUGUUGAUUAUUCAGUUCCGUUGGUUACUAAUGUCAAAUGUGCAAAAUUGUUGAUUGAAGCCAUUUCAAGAAACAUUACCUUAGAUGUUUCUGAACGUGAUGCUCAAACUUCCCAUAGGACUAUCACCUUGCCAGGCUUAAUCAACAUUGCCACUUAUGUUCCAAACGCAUCUCAUGUUAUCAAAGGCCCAGCUGAAUUAAAGGAAACUACACGUUUAUUUUUGGAGUCUGGAUUUACUUACUGUCAGUUGAUGCCUAGAUCCAUUAGUGGUCCUGUUAUUACUGAUGCUGCGUCUUUAAAGGCUGCGAACUCUGUUUCCCAAGAUUCUUCUUACACUGAUUUUUCUUUUACCAUUGCUGGUACUGCUCACAAUGGUCAAAGUGUUUCACAAUCUGCUAGUAAAGUAACGGCAUUGUUCUUGCCUUUGCGCGAAUUAAAGAACAAAAUUACAGCGGUAGCCGAGCUUUUGAACCAAUGGCCAGCUGAAAAGCAGGUGAUAGCUGAAGCUAAAACCGCAGAUCUGGCAUCCGUAUUAUUGUUGACAUCUCUUCAAAAUAGAUCUAUUCAUAUAACUGGUGUUUCAAAUAAGGAAGACUUGGCUUUAAUUAUGACGGUUAAAGCCAAAGAUCCUAGAGUUACUUGUGAUGUUAAUAUUUACUCUUUGUUUAUCGCCCAAGAUGAUUACCCAGAAGCUGUUUUCUUACCUACUAAGGAAGACCAAGAAUUUUUCUGGAACAAUCUAGAUAGCAUAGAUGCCUUCUCUGUAGGGGCCCUUCCUGUCGCUUUAGCCAACAUUACCGGUAAUAAAGUGGAUGUUGGUAUGGGUAUUAAGGAUUCCUUACCAUUAUUAUUGGCUGCAGUUGAAGAAGGCAAGUUGACCAUUGAUGAUAUCGUUAUUCGUCUCCAUGAUAAUCCAGCUAAAAUUUUCAAUAUCCCUACCCAGGACUCAGUUGUUGAAAUUGAUUUGGAUUACUCGUUUAGACGUAAUAAGAGAUGGUCACCAUUUGACAAGGACAUGAACGGUGGUAUUGAGCGCGUUCUCUACAACAACGAAACAUUAGUUUUGAGUGGUGAGUUAGUUUCUCCAGGUGCAAAAGGAAAAUGCAUUGUUACUUCGGGCCCAACUUCCAUUACUGCUACUACAGAAGUUCAAUCUACCGGCACUAAAAGAAGAUUCUCAAUCACCGAAGAAGCGAUGGCUGACAAUUUAGAUGCUGCAGAAGAUGCUAUUCCAGAGCAGCCCUUGGAACAAAAAUUGAUGUCUUCAAGACCACCAAGGGAACUUCUUGCACCAGGUGCCAUUCAGAACUUGAUCCGUAGUAACAAUCCGUUCCGUGGCAGGCAUAUAUUGUCUAUCAAACAGUUCAAACGUUCCGAUUUCCAUGUAUUGUUUGCUGUUGCACAAGAAUUAAGAGCUGCUGUGGCAAGAGAAGGUGUCUUGGAUUUAAUGAAGGGACAUGUCAUAACUACAAUUUUCUUUGAACCAUCUACCCGUACUUGUUCCUCAUUCAUCGCUGCUAUGGAACGUUUGGGUGGAAGAAUCGUGAACGUUAACCCAUUGGUUUCUUCUGUCAAGAAAGGUGAAACUCUUCAAGAUACCAUUAGAACUUUGGCAUGUUACAGCGAUGCUAUCGUCAUGCGUCAUUCUGAAGAAAUGUCAGUUCAUAUUGCAGCCAAGUAUUCUCCCGUUCCAAUUAUUAAUGGUGGCAAUGGUUCUCGUGAACAUCCUACUCAAGCUUUCUUGGAUUUGUUCACUAUUCGUGAAGAAAUUGGUACUGUUAAUGGUAUCACAGUUACGUUCAUGGGGGACUUAAAACACGGUAGAACUGUCCAUUCAUUAUGCCGUUUGUUGAUGCAUUAUCAAGUUAGAAUCAACCUUGUCUCUCCUCCAGAAUUGAGGCUGCCAGAAGGGCUGAGAGGAGAACUGAGAAAGGGUGGCUUACUUGGUGUGGAAAGUAUUGAAUUGACUCCUCACAUCAUCUCAAAGACCGAUGUUCUGUAUUGUACAAGAGUUCAGGAAGAAAGAUUUAGCAGUCCUGAAGAAUACGAACGCUUGAGGGAUACUUAUAUUGUGGACAAUAAGAUCUUGGCUCAUGCUAAAGAAAACAUGGCUAUCAUGCAUCCAUUGCCUCGUGUAAAUGAAAUUAAAGAGGAGGUGGACUACGAUCAUCGUGCUGCUUAUUUCAGACAAAUGAAGUAUGGUUUGUUCGUCAGAAUGGCAUUAUUGGCCAUGGUUAUGGGGGUUGACAUGUGA